AUGGACUAUCUUUUUGAAUUACUAUUUUUGGAUUUUCUUUUUUUUAGCAUAUUACAUAGAGAAAUUGAACAAUUAGGUUUUUAUGAUACACUAUACUCUGCAGCUUACCAAAAGGAGUUUGAAAGACUAGGGUAACAGCUAGAGGUUUUCGAGAAAUUGGAGAAAAAGAUUAACGCUAGCUUAGCAGAAACAACAGAGAGACGAAUAUAACCUAAGACUAUUCGCUGCAUCCAAAGAUAUGAGUUCUUUGGGGCAUUUAAGCACGAAUGGAGGAAAUGUCAGGCUGAUAAGAUUAUAGUACAAUCAGAUAAUGGACUGUUUGUUUCGUGA